CAUUGCAGCUUUUGUUCACCUUUCAACUCCAAGUUCUUUUCAUCAUCUUUCAUUUGUUUUGCUUCUGUGUCUUUGAUGGCAGAUCCAACUCUUUGCACCCAAGAUUACAUGAUGAGGGUACACCAGUGCACAUGUAAAGGCAGCUCCAUGUUUCACAGACCUCCUUGCAUGCAAUCAAGGAUCCAAUUUGCUGUUCCCAAUUGUACCACAACACAGCGUUGGCAUGUGAUGCACUUGCUCAAUUAGAGACAGCUUUUUUCUCUUGUUUUCCUUUCUUCUUUCUCUCUCCUUCAUUGUAUCUGAGCUUGAUGAGUACUGAACAGAUGCAUAUAGCUUCCCUCUUGAAAUGAUGUUACAGUGUUUUCAUGUGAGCCUCUAAGAUUUUGCUCAAUUAGAGACAGCUAUUUCUCUUUUCUUAUGUUCCCCUCCUUCGAUACAUAACAUAUACCAACUUGGAUCUGAGUGAGAACAGAGAUCAGAGGAAUAAAGGUAUUGGAUUCUCGUGAAAUAGUGUCACAUGCAGUGCCUCUUAGCAGAACAACUCUCUCUCUCUCUCUCUCUCUCUCUCUCUCUCUCUUUCUCUCUCUCUCUUCUCCUUCCUCGAUAUAAGCACAGCAAGCCUUUAGCUCACUGCCUUGCUCUUGUGCUCCCAAGUCUGCAACCAUGCAAGUUCCAAACUCAUUCAAGCUUGCUUUGCUCAAGCAAAUGCUUCUGGGCUUCCAGCUAUCAGAUGUUUCAUCCAACAGCAUGAGCUUCCACGAGAGGAAGAAUGCCAUCAAGCUCUCGGCCGACGCCGCCAUGGUCUUCGCCAGAGGCAGCACAAGGUGGACUCGGGGCCUCGUCGCAAGCCUCUCCAAGAACAGGAACAACGACGGCCUCCUCAGAGGCAUCCUGGGGAAGAAGUAUGAGAGGCUAAGCUUGCCAUGCUGCAACUCAUGGAAGAUCCCAAGGUCCAGGAAGAUCCUAAAAAGGUGCUUGGGGCUAUGCUCAAGGAGGAAGAAGGCAACAGGUCCACAACAUGAUGUCGAGAGCAGUAGCACCCUCGCAAGGAGGCUGGCGAAGAAGAGGAUCCAAGUGCUCAAAAAGCUUCUGCCAGGAGGUGAGUCCAUGGAAGGCUUCUCUUUGCUGGAUCAGACUCUGGACUAUGCUGUGUCUCUCAAAGCUCAGGUUGACAUAAUGCGAAGGCUCUUGAAGAUCUCCAAACCCUCAAAUCUCAACAAAUGAAGGUUUGUGGAUGUGGAGGCUCAGAUUCCACAGCCAGAAGAAAUGUUUCUGGAUAUGUAGCAUGAAGUCAAGAAUGUGCUCAUGAAGAAAGAAACAUGACUGGACUUCUCCUGCUCUUUUGUUCUACAGCCUCCAUCUGAAGGAGGAAGAAGAAGAAGAACAUGCCCAAAGGCAUUGAAAUGAUUAAGGUUGUACAGCAGUGCAGAAAUGUCUUGAGAGAGAGGAAGUUUAAGUAGAUGUGCAACUAAUUUCCUUCAUGUUGAUAUGUCAUUUCUAGCUGUAAUUAUGUGGACAUAUAAUGGCUACAAUGUUUCUGAGAUAUAUAAGAAUAAUAAUAAGAAGAUUACCUC